UUUGGGUUUACUUCGAGUUCAGUGGGUAGCGUCCCAUCUUUCGGAAGCAAACUGUACUCGCAGUUAUCAACCAUGUUCGUUGUGUAUUGUUGGUCAAUUUUUGUGCUUGUGGUUUGCGAAGCUCGACAUUGGGAUGCGGAUCAAAUGCUUCCGAAUGAGCGAUCUUCUCUGGAUGAUUGUAGAUUACGUUUUCAUGAGCUGAUAAAACCGAACAGUGUUGCCCCUGCAUCGGGUUCGCCUGCGUUACUGAAAGAGUUUGCACAUAUGGCAGCGAUUGGGUGGACUCAAACUGAUGGAAAAGUAUUGUGGAAUUGCGGUGGAACAUUGAUCUGGAUGGACUUCGUUCUUACAGCGGCGCAUUGCGUUGUGGAUCAUAGAAAUGUUCGACCGGAUAUUGCACGGUUCGGCGAUUUGAAUUUGGAAACCGAUGACGACGAUCAAUAUGCCCAGCAGUACAAAAUUGUUCAGAUAGUUAGACACCCGUUGCAUCGGUUCGGUGCGAAGUACCAUGAUAUCGCUCUGAUGAAGCUGGAAAGGCCUGUUAGUUUGCACGAUACAGUAUGUCCAGCAUGUCUUUGGAUCGAUGAAGAGAUACGUUUUACAGAACUCGUCGCUACUGGAUGGGGCAACACUGGUCAUUUUGAGGAUCGCACACCUUCUCUGUUGAAAGUUUCCCUGAAACCUUUAGAGACCUCCAAAUGUGAGAAGUUUUAUUCUAAUGAUUUAGUUCGAGGAUUGAAUACAGGGCUUCAUGAACACCAUCUGUGUGCUGUCGACGCGAAGAUGGACACAUGCGAAGGUGAUUCUGGUGGUCCGCUUCAAGUCAAAUUGAUGCACCAUGUCAAUCUCACGCCGUUUGUUGUGGCUGUUACUUCGUUCGGAUUACCUUGUGGAUUAUCUAAUCCUGGAGUGUAUACUAAAAUAGCCCCGUACCAUGACUGGAUUGUGUCAACUAUGCAGCAAAGCGAUGCUGCAAUCCCAGAUGACAUUUUUAACGCCACGUUCUGUGCAUUACGAUUCCAAAAACAUCGUGAGUAUAUUUACUCCACUCCUCUCAACAAAACUCAUGUGUUUGAGUUUAGAGGUAUGACGGAUCAUAUUUACAAGGCAAAGCCUCUUUCCUACCUUGUUAAGCUGCUCUGGAAUGUCACCGGAGGGUUUCAAAACUGCUACGGUACAAUCAUCGACGAAAACACAGUUCUUACGGUUGCUGAUUGCGUUUAUCAUGAAGGGAUUCCAGCGUCAUCAGUUUCCCACCCGGAAGGUAUUGUGAAUAUCGCAAAAAUAAUCGUACAUCCUCAAUACGAUCCUCGUUUCGGAUACAAAAAUAUGGCAAUUCUACGCUUGGAAGCACUGUUCAGUUUCAUAAAUAUUCGACCAGCUUGCACAUAUUACGGAAAUGUCUCAAUAUUUGCGCCGAAUAGUGUUUUUGGAAUGGGAAGGAAAGACAUUUACGAUUGUAUCAGUUUUCCAGACUGUAUAGAUCCGUCGUUGAUACCUCUGACAGUUUACGUACAACCAAAAACCGAAACAAGUUGCAUGAUAUCCAGAGAGGUCCAAUCACGAUUCCCCAACGGCAUAACUAGUGAACUUUUCUGUGCAGGUGUCGAUCGGUUUCUGGUACCUGAAGCAUGCGAGCUUAAGCUUGGAGGUUCAUACUCAAACUUUGAUAAAAUUGUGACAAAUAUUCUCACCACCAUAGAUGAUAUAUCAAUAGUCAUACAUGGUGGUAUGUAUCCUGCGUUGGAUGGUUUGGUACAAAAUGGAAGAGAUUGCGGAUAUGGAGAACACUUGAUCACGACGAACCUUCGAAGCCAUUUGAAAUGGAUGGAACGUGUAUUGCUUCCGAAAAGGGCGACAGCAAAUGCCGUCCAGUUUCUGGAUCCGAGUCGCCGUGAAGGAGACCCUUGUUUCGAUACGUACAAAAUUGCGGGAAGGUGCACGUCAAUAUCGAGAUGUCAACGGAAGUGGAAAAAAUUUGAACUUACUCAGGAGGCAAAUUUCUGCUCUUCAACUUCGGUGAUCUGUUGUCCUCUUGACGACAUCGAUAAGGAUGCCUGGAGUACCAAGUAUGACCUAUUGAUGAAAUGUCCAAAAUUAGUACAUGCUUUGCUGCCAGAAAACAAUGGUGCACCAAUGGUUCGAAUAUUUGAUAGUGAAACUCGCUACAUCUGUAUGGGCGCUAUAAUUUCCGACCGCACGAUCCUCACUUCUGCCAGCUGUGUGGGCACUGCAGCAUCCCUCUCUGUUCAACCACUUGGAAAUGUUAAGAACACCAUUCAAGUUCAAAAGGUCAUUUUGCAUGGCUCGUUCAACGCAACAGAUUACAGCAACGAUAUUGCUAUAUUGAGAAUCCCAGAUUCCUUGAAAUGGAGCCCAAGAUUGCACCCAAUGUGCUUGUGGAGCAACGAAACUCACACCCCACUUAUAGUGGAAAUAUUGUAUCCAUUCAAUACAAGUGACACCAACAUCGAAUUCCUCGAGCUGCUAACCAUGUACAAUUCCGACUGUCAAAGAACCCAUGCUCAUCAGGUGCGAGAUUCGCAUAUCUGCGUCAAAUAUCCCUAUCGACAAUACACUUGUCUGAGCUCACACAGUAUGCUUCGGUGGGAAGACGCUGAAGGUAUUCCCUACCUAAUUGGACUGGCAACAGACACUAGAGAAUGCAAGAAGUGGUAUUAUAUGACCUUUUCCCGACUGGUGGCGUUUAUCGACUGGAUUGUGGACAACAUAGAGGAUGAGGAAAUCAGACGUUCGUUCAAAGUUCAAUGAACAGAAGUUCCUGAAAUUGUCAUCGGUUGCUAUGUAUUUAUGAUGUAUCCAUUUGAUUUGUGACUGAUUUUCAA